GGCAGAUAACGGGGUAUUCUUCAGCGCCUCGCUCCUGCUGAUACAACGCACAAGCAGCGAGGGCGACCAUGAUUUAUUAUCAGUCCGGAUUGAGUUUCGCAGACCCGAGCAGACAGAGCCGAGGAUCCUUGAGAGGGGAAGAUUCAGGAAUAGCCCGGGUUCAAAAAGGUUUUGGACUGUGGAGAGAGAGAGAGAGGCCCUUCUCAACAGAUGUUGCCACUCAUCUCUAGCAUCUCAACGUACCAUGUCUGUCGAGAUCAGCGCUCCUCCUGCUCCUCCUCCUAAGCCAAUGCGAGAGGUCUACCGAUACCAUCGGACCAAGUCGGGUCACGACGUGUUUAUUGACAAGUAUGGAAAAUCCGGACCGGUCUUGAUAACGUUCCAUGGUGGUGGGAUCGUCCUUGGAUGCAGAGUGGAUGGUCAUGCCCCGGAGCACUGGACCAACAACUGGCCCGGUGUGACCAUUCGAGCCGAUUACCGUCUUCUCGUCCCUUCUUCUGGACUGGACAUUCUGGAAGACAUGAAGGCCCUGUUCGAGUUCCUCGUCACGCUCGACAUUGAGCACCAUCAGAUCUUCGUAGCUGGUUUCUCCGGAGGAGGAUACCCUACACGACUCGCAGCCAUCGUCGGAGCUGAAGAAGCAAAGAAGCCCAAUCCGCGUUUCAGGAUCAUCGGUGCCGUCUCAUAUUGCGGAAUGGGUGGAGAUGUCCUGGACGAUCACUGGGUCUUCUCACAAGAAGACCCCGAGAAGCAACUGGGGGAUGACCGAACGAGAUCGGAGCAAGCUACUCAAGCUUGGCAAGACGGAGGAGAGGAAUGCUCGAGUUCAGGUUGGGAAGUAGAAUACCAAGGUUUACCGGUUCGAACGCAUAUUUGGAGGACGUUCCACCUCAACGGAUCGAUCAACGAUUCAUAUUCCGGAAUUCAGGGUCUCAGCGAUAAGCUCAGGGAGCUGCCCCAUGAACAACGUCUCGCCGCGAUCCCUAAAGAAGCCCUAACUGCUUAUCCUCAGGCAUACUUUGCGGAGGACCCUUCUCAUCUCCCCCCUUUCCUCCUUAUCCACGGAGACCAGGACAACGUCGUUCCGUUUGGGGAAUCUCAGAACACGUACGAUACGUUGAAAAGGGCCGGUCACCCAGUCGAGUUGUGGCCCUUGAAGGGCGCAAAUCACGGCUUGUUUGAGGAACAACCCGUCAUUGAUGGUGUUCUCGAGCAUGACCGCAAGUCUUUGGCGUGGAUGCUGGCCAUUGUCAAGCAGACUUAGCAACAAUCUUUGUAAGGCACAAUCACAGUGUAUGCACAUAUUUCAGGU